AUGGAGAAACUGCUUUGUGAUGCUGCCAUUGAAAACAAUGUUACGGCAUUUCGCCAGUUUCUGAGAGAAGAUCCACUUGUUCUUGAUAAAGCCAUGAUAAAUUGUCAAGAUAUGAUGAAUCCUCUUCACACUGCAGCACUGUUUGGCAAUGCUGAAUUUGUUAAAGAAGUUUUGGGUAGUAUCAAAUACUUGAUUGAAAACAAUGUCCUGCAGGUGAAUGUAAAGAGUGCAAAUGGGAGCACUCCUUUGGACCUUAUUCAGGGAGAAAGUGAUUCAGAAAUCGCACAAGUUCUCGAGCGCGCCGGAGCCGAGGGAAGCACAUACGACCUCAUCAGCUCCCGACGAACCAAAACGCUAUACAAGAAAAGAGACGUGCUAAUGGUUGUGGCCUCGCUUAUCGCGACGAUGGCGUUCCAGGCAACGUUGAAUCCUGCAGGAGGUGUUUGGCAAGACAACAAGCCAGAUGGCUCUGAUAAACAUGUAGCCGGAGAAGCUGUGAUGGCACAAAAAUAUCCAAACACCUACAGAAAUUUCAUCACAACUAAUACAAUAGCCUUUGUUUCAUCCCUGAGCAUAAUCUUGCUCCUCAUCAGUGGUUUGCCCUUCAAAAAGAGAUUAUUCUUGUGGGUUUUGAUGGUGAUUAUGUGGCUCACAAUUACUGCCAUAGCUUUAACUUAUAACACAUCGAUUUAUAUUCUAACACCAAAAGAUGAUAUCAAAAAACUGAACCUAGUAACUUGGACGGCUAUUAUCGUUUGGUGCGGCGUGAUUUCGCUGUUGUUUUUGGGAAACACUCUUCGAUUGAUCAACCGAUGGCUCAAACGACGACACGGUAUUGAUCUGUUCAAAAUGCUUAAGAGGCAGGGGAAUUCAGGUACUCAAGUUCAAAGCCUUGAAAAUCCAGGAACUAUUCUGGUCUGUUAA